GCGUCGGUGAGAAAGAAUGGUGGAUAUUUUCAGUGGGCAUUUCCUGGUGAACCGGGACGGCCAAGUCGUGGAUCCCGAGCAAGCGCUGCAGAACAAGAUCGUGGGCUUGUAUUUCUCGGCCGCCUGGUGCUCCCUGUGCCGGGAUUUCACGCCGAUCCUGUGCGACUUCUACAGCGAGUUGGUGGAGGACGCGCCCUCGCCGGCUCCCUUCGAGAUCGUGUUCGUCUCGUCGGACCGCAGCCGCGAAGAGAUGGUGGAUUACAUGCAGAACAUGCACGGGGACUGGCUGGCGGUGCCUUUCCACGACACCUUUAAGCAUGAGCUGAAGAAGAGAUACAACAUCACAGCCAUUCCUAAACUUGUGAUUGUUAAACAAACUGGAGAAGUCAUCACUGAUAAAGGAAGGAAACAGAUAAGGGAACGGGGACUGAACUGCUUCCGAAACUGGCUGGAAGGGGCGGACAUCUUUCAGAAUUUCUGCAGCUGAAU